AACUUUCAUAUCUCUCUGGGUCUGUCUUGCAGGUCCCUGCGCUGGCUGGCUUCGGACCGCCCCAGACAUCAGCCCUUUCGAUAUAAGCUAUACAGUAAGAUAUCAAUGAAAAUCAGCUCCGCAGCGGCACCAAUCCGCUUGUUAACACCCCACCCCUAGGACGACAUCGGCCUCCCCACCGUCGACGACCUCCUCGCCUACAACGGCACUAACGACGGCGCCGGCAUCAAAAGCUACUGGUUCAUCAGCUUUCUCUCCCUCGCCAACGGCCAUGACUACUAUCUCCUGCACAGCACCUCCAAUGGCGGCCCCGGCAAACUGGCAACCUCCAUCUCGCUCAUGGACAUCACAGACAAGACUUACUCCGGCCGCACGUGGUCGCGCCCCGGGCAGCUCUCCACCACCAAAGCCGACUCCCUCUCCCCAGACUUCCUCCACCUCUACGCCACCACCGAAGACAACUACUCGCAGUACAAAGCCGUCAGCGUAGUGCCCGCAUUCCCCUUCAACCUCACCCACACGCCCAAAGGCGCGGGCUCCUACCAAGGCGGCGCGGGGACCUACAUCUGGGGCGGCCUGCGCUGCUGGGCCUGGGACGCGCCGGAGGCCCUGACCACCGGCACGCUGACCAUCGACGGCGCCGAGGUCGCCGUCAUUCCCGAGAAGUCGAUCACGUGGAUGGACUGGCAGUACGGGCCGGGCUACGCGAGCGAGGGGUGGUACUCGUUCGUGAUCGCGCUGACCAACGGCGUCAAGAUCACGACCAUGACGACGUACCCGAACUCCAAAUAUCCGACCGGCAGCGUCGCGACGCUCGGGUUCCCGGACGGGCAUCACGAGGUGUAUGCGCUGGACCGCGAUUUCCACCCCGCGGACCCGUGGGUGUCGAAGGAUACGAACGUGACGUACUACAAGUCGUACCAGGUGAACGUGCCGGCGAAGGGGAUCUCGUUGAAUGUGAGCCUGGCGAUGGAGGGAGGGGAGUUGUACAAUCCGGAUACCGAGGGGAUUAUUAUUGCGGAUACGUUUUCGUAUUUUGAGGGGACGUAUGAGGGGUUGCCGGUCACGGGCUGGGGGAACUCGGAGCGCAUGUCGGGGAAUAGUCCAAAUGUGUAGAGGGAGACUAUGAAUAAGUCUGUUUAUGAGUACAUGGUAUAACAGAAAGCCUCCAAGACGACUGAGACUCUUAUGAAAUCGAAUUUACAA